CAAACACACAAUCGGACAAAUCUAGAGAGAGAAAGAGAAGAGUGACUGAGAGACUGAGAGGAGUCUGAGAGAGCAAAGCAGAGGCAGCCAUUAGCUUAUCUUCUACCUCCUUCAACCUCCAGCUCUCAAUCUCUCCGUCAAAACCCUUGAAAAAAUGGACACCAAUCGCCAAAUCCCAGAAAACACAGAAUCCAAAUCGCCUGAGGAACAAAACCCACUUGCCAUUGUGCCUUCCGCCGCCGGGCUUCCUCCCUUCGCCACCGCCUCGCUCUCACUUUCUCUCUUUACAAUUCUCCCCACCCACUUCUUCCAACAACCCAAGGUUUCCACCUUGUUUUCUUCCCAGACCACCAAGGUCAAGGUCCCCACGCAGGCCUCGUCCCUGGCCCACCUCUCUCUCUCCACCACCGCCAAUGUAACUCCGCCCAAGCUCUCCUUCAAGUCCACCAUUGCCGCCAACCCCCUGCAGAGCCCUCUCUCUCUGGGUCCGCGCCGCCCCCUCGACCCCUCCAAUGGGGCCGCAAUCCGUCGAGCUUCCAUCGUCUGGUUCCGAAACGAUUUACGCGUCCACGACAACGAGUGCCUCAACUCGGCUAACAACGAGUCCGUAUCGGUCUUGCCCGUCUACUGUUUCGAUCCGAGGGACUACGGAAAAUCCUCUUCUGGGUUCGAUAAGACCGGCCCGUACCGGGCGACGUUCUUGGUCGAAUCGGUGGCGGACCUCCGGAAGAAUCUCCAGGCGAGAGGGUCCGAUCUGGUAGUCAGAAUCGGGAAGCCCGAGACUGUUUUGGUGGAGCUGGCAAAGGCGAUAGGCGCCGACGCCAUUUAUGCGCACAGAGAGGUUUCGCGCGACGAAGUUAAGGAGGAGGAGAAGAUCGAGGCGGCAAUGAAGGAGGAGAAUGUGGAGGUUAAGUACUUUUGGGGAAGCACUCUGUACCACGCAGAGGAUUUGCCGUUUAAGUUGGAGGAUAUGCCGACGAAAUACGGCGAUUUCAGAGAGAAGGUGAAGGGAUUGGAGGUGAGGAAGACGAUUGAAGCUUUGGAUCAGAUGAAGGGUCUGCCUUCUCGCGGCGACGUGGAGCCCGGUGAUGUUCCAACAUUGAUGGAUUUGGGGCUUAAUCCGUCUGCUACUACGUCUCAGGAUGGAAGGCCUGCUGCCAUUGCUUCCAUGGUGGGAGGGGAGACUGAAGCCCUAGAAAGGCUCAAAAAGUAUGCUGCUGAGUGCCAAGCACAGCCACCCAAGGCGAGCAAAGAUGGAAAGCAUGAUAGCAUCUGUGGUGCCAACUUUUCGUGCAAAGUCUCUCCAUGGUUGGUCUUGGGAUGCCUCUCUCCUCGCAGUAUGUUUGAUGAGCUAAAGAAAACUUCUAGCAGAACUAUAUCUGCUUCCUCAAACCGCAAUGAUGACAGUGGCAGUGGAAUGAACUGGUUGAUGUUUGAGUUACUUUGGAGGGAUUUCUUCAGAUUUGUCACUUGCAGUUCCACAAAGAAACAACUCAAUGCUGCUCCAGCCACCGCAUGUACGGGUGCCCUUGCUUAAGAAGAACUUAAAAUUGGAUGACGAAAUGGUGAGAUAUGGUGUAUUUUCAUCUCGUUGUAAGUUUCCAAGAUGUAGCAGUUAGAUGUUGUAAUAGGGUUCGUGUGAAAGAGUUAUUCCUUGUUGAAACUUGGUUUUCAUUACCAAAUAAGAUGGUUGAGAAUGUGAAGAUUUGCCUCCCUCAUUCUUCAUAUGUUGUCUUGGGAAUAACAGAUAUCCUCUACUUGUGCUUUUGUACUCAUCGACCAAUGUCGGUCGGCACCUGUAAAACUCAAAGCCUCAUUCGAUAAUUAUUUCGUUUUUAGUUA